AUGCCAACACCAAUACCGCUAACAAGAGCCAAGAAUCCACCGCCACUGCCUCAUGAGCUACACAACAACAUCAGCAGCAACAACAGCAACAGCCUGUACGGCAGUCAGACUGCGCUCAACAAUCAUCAGCAUCCCCAUCAGUAUCAUCCCAACACUCCUCCCACCACAAACACAACACAAACGACUCAGACGACACAAACGACACAGACAACAAAGACCACACAAACCACACAGCCACCAACGGCAGCAACAACUGCGGCCAAAACUCACCAACAACUGAACACCAACACACCAACGAAAGCUUCGCGUGAGGCAACACCAACACGGGAACAGCAGCAGCAGCAGCAUGCAACGCCCACACGCGAGCAGAAGCAACACCAACAACGUCGACAGCUUCGCGAUCAGCGUGAACUGCGCGAGCAACGUGAGCCUAAAGAGAUGCUCUAA